CUUCCAUCUUCCAUUACCAAUCCCGUUAUGCCACACAAACACAUGGUUGUGUUCAGUUUGACGAAACAGGAAAAGAAGUAACGUUUUCUCUUACGUUAAAUAAAUUAAAACAAACGUUUGUCUGUGCCUAUGGCAGUAGCUCUUUUAUCGUUAGACUAAUAGCCUUAAGAUAGAAAUAAAAAAUGAAAUCAAGCAAAUUAAAUAUGUUUAUUAUUUGGUCAUUAUUGAUUGCUAUCAUGACCCUUAUUGAUAAUAGUAAUGGGGUUGCUGUUAUGAGUAUUGAUAUUGGUAGCGAAUCAAUGAAAGUUGCUAUUGUUUCGCCUGGUGUUCCAAUGGAAAUAGCUCUUAACAAAGAAUCAAAGAGGAAAACACCAGUUACAAUAGCAUUUCGUAACGGAGAAAGAAGUUUUGGAGAAGAUGCUCAAGUAGUAGGAAUUAAAUCACCUAAAAACAGUUUUUCUUACAUAUUAGAUCUCUUAGGAAAAUCAAUAGAUAAUCCUCUGGUGCAGCUUUAUCAAAAACGGUUUCCAUAUUAUGAUAUUAUUUCUGACGAAGAACGUAAAACAAUUGCAUUCAGACUUGAUCAAAAUACUACAUUUACUCCUGAGGAACUACUUGCACAAAUUUUGUAUAAAGGAAAAGAAUUUGCAGAAACUUCAGCUGGUCAGACGAUUAGUGAAGCAGUAAUAACUGUUCCAGGAUUUUUCAAUCAAAUUGAAAGAAGAGCUCUUGCCCAAGCAGCAGAUCUUGCGGGAAUUAAAGUUUUGCAACUAAUUAAUGAUUAUACUGCUGUUGCAUUAAAUUAUGGAAUUUUUCGUAGCAAAGAAAUAAACGAUACUGCACAUUAUGUGAUGUUUUAUGAUAUGGGGGCUAGCAGUACAACUGCAACAGUUGUAAGUUAUCAAAACGUGAAAACGAAGGAGAAAGGAUUUGUUGAAACUAAUCCACAUGUUUCUAUUCUGGGAGUGGGUUAUGAUCGUACUUUGGGAGGAUUAGAAGUGCAACUUAGACUUCAACAUCAUUUAGCUAAGGAAUUUGAUGCGUUAAAUAAAACAUCAAAUUCAGUAUUUAAAAAUCCAAAAGCAAUGGCAAAACUUUUUAAAGAAGCUGGUCGUGUCAAGAAUGUAUUAAGUGCAAAUACAGAUCAUUUUGCUCAAGUCGAAGGGCUGAUAGAUGAACAUGAUUUUAGGGUGCAAGUUACCAGAGAAAAACUGGAGCAACUUUGCACUGAUAUAUUUGAACGCGUAGAAAAUCCUAUUAAAAUUGCUUUAAAAACAUCAGGUUUGACAAUGGAUGUUAUAUCUCAAGUUGUAAUAGUAGGAGCUGGUACUAGAAUGCCAAAGAUACAGGAGUAUUUAAGACAGUAUUUAACAGUUGAACUAUCUAAAAAUAUUAAUACAGAUGAGGCAGCUACAUUAGGAGCAGUAUACAAAGCUGCAGAUCUUAGUAAAGGAUUCAAAGUAAAGAAAUUCGUUACCAGAGAUGCUGUGCUGUUUCCUAUACAAAUAAUUUUUGACAGAACUGUUGAUAACAGAGUAAAACAAGUCAAAAAGUCAUUAUUUGGCAGAAUGAAUCCAUAUCCACAAAAGAAAAUUAUAACAUUUAAUAAAUAUACAGAAAAUUUCCAAUUCCAUAUUAAUUAUGCUGAAUUGGACUACUUGCCUCCUAAUGAAACAGCUGCUAUUGGUAAUUUAAAUAUAUCUACUAUCAGUUUAUCUGGUGUAGCUGAAGCUUUAGAAAAGCAUACUAAAGAAGGAGCAGAAAGUAAAGGGAUUAAAGCACAUUUUGCCAUGGAUGAUAGUGGCAUACUUAAUUUGUUGAAUGUAGAAUUAGUGUCAGAAAAAUCAAGUUCAGCUUCUGACGAAGAAGAGGGUACUUUCUCAAUACUUGGCUCAACUAUUAGUAAACUUUUUGCAGGAUCAGAAGACAAAGAAGGAAAAGCAGAGGAGCCAUUAAAAGAAGACAUCAAACCAGUUCAUGAGGAAUCAGAGUAUCCUGACUUACAAAAGGAAACUGAAGAUAAAACGAAGAAGAAAAAUGAAACUACCACCACUGAAGAUAAAGCAACAAACAAAACUGAAAAAGUAGAAAAAGAAAAGGAGAAAAAGGCUACGAUUGUAACGAUUAAAGAGCCUAUUAAAGCUAAAGAAAUCAAAUUAGGAUCUCAGAUUCUUUCUGGAGAUAAACUUGUUGAAUCUCGUGAUAAAUUGCAUCGUUUAGAUGUAUAUGAUUUCGAGAAAACGAGACGUGAAACAGCUUUGAACAAUUUAGAAACAUUCAUAAUUGAUGCUCAACAAAGAUUACAAUCUGAGGAAUAUGCCGCUGCAGCUACACCUCAAGAAAUAGAAAGUAUAUUAAAAGCGUGUUCUGAAAUUUCUGAAUGGUUGUACGAAGAUGGAUUCACUGCAACUGCUGAAGUAUACGAGGAAAAAUUGGCAGAACUUCAAAAAUUAACUAACGACGUGUACGAACGUGUCUAUGAACAUAGAGAACGUCCAGAAGUAUUAAAGGGCAUGACUUCUAUGUUAAACGCAAGCACAACAUUUUUAAACAACAUGAAAAAUUUGAGCUUGUCAAGUGACAUUUUUACACAAGUCGAGAUAGAAACAUUAGAAAAAGUGAUUAAUGAAACUCAGGAAUACUAUGAUACAGUUGUUAAAUCAUUUGUUGAGACGAGUUUACAUGAACUAGUAAAAUAUAAAGUUCGCGAUAUUGCAAAUAAAAUGGCGGUACUCGAUAGGGAAGUAAAAUAUCUUAUAAAUAAGGCAAAAAUAUGGAGACCAAAGCAAGACACUGCGACAAAUCAUACAGCAAGCACAAAUGAAAACGCGACAGAUACGAAAGAACAAUCUCAAUCAGAAUCUGUUCCUAAAACAACGGCUGAUUCACAAACGGAAAAACAGUCGAAAGAGGAUCAAUCUGAUAAUAUAGAAGUACAAAAUGAAAAAUCAGAAGGUUCAGAAGAAUCCCAAGAGGCGUUAAAAGACAACAAAGCUCAGGCGAAAACUCAAGAAGAAGAGAUACAUCAAGAACUUUAAGAUAUUUAAAAAGGGGUGACUUCAAUCAUUGGCCGGUUGUGUUUCGGUUAAUAUUUUAGCCAAUUUAUUAUAUUGUAGGACAGGAUUGAAAAUGCAUUUAAAAACCGAAAUUGAAUGAAAAAAAUUAUGUGUUAAUGUGGCUGCAUGAAUUAUUUCAUGGAUGUGAAUAUUGAAGUGUUACUGUAUUUAAUUACACGUACUCGUAUAAUAAUAGUAAAAAAAAAAUCAUUUAAUUCAUUUGAUACAGAACAAAGUGACAGAAUAUCUUACAGCAUUUUGCAUACAGAAAACAGAAAAACCGACCAUCCUGUAAGAAAGUUUAUUUUUAAGUGCCAAUUAAUAACAGUUUGAAUAUUGUAUUUAUAGUUAUACAAUAAUUAAAGACUUUAAACAGUCGUAUCGCGAUUAAGCAACAGUGUGUUUAAUAGCUGAAUAAAUUAUUUGCAUAAAGUUGUUAUUUACAAGUGAUGUAACGUUCUACUUGGUCGGAUUUCAUCUACUGUGAAUAUAAUAUUUAAUUGUGAUAUUUCUUGAUACUAUAUUCUUAGAUAUACUCUAUACUAUAGCUUAAAAAUGAUUUUUUAUAUUUACAUCAAUUAUUAUAAUUACACACGCAAACAUACAAGCCAAUCCCUUUAUUAGGAGAAAUUUAAUGUUUUAUUUAUUAUUUUGAUGUCCUUAAUUCAUUAAUUUUUGUUAAACAACGCCUAAUUUCAAAGAAUUUUAUUCAUGCUCCAUUAUAUCAACAAUAUAGAUAAUUUUAUAAUACAAUAAUUGUCUAAUCUUGUUAUAGUGAAAAAUACAUGGUAUGUUGCGAUUUAACUUAAAACACUAAGUGGAAUUUUAUAUCCGCAAAUGUCAUUUGUAUAAAUAGGAUUAUAACUUGUGUGCAAGUAAUUUACUUUUAUUUAAUUUGAUACAGUUAAUUUAAAUCAUUCCAAUGAAUAUAAUUGUAAUUUAAAACUUAAAUUAUGUUAUUUAUUAUGUUGGAUGAAUAAAAAGGCGUGUAAAGUAUUUACAAAGUAAAGAAUGAGAAAAAUUAA